CGCUCGAUAGUAGCCUAGCGGCCUCCAGCGGGACAGACGUCUUUGUAUCGUAACGUGGCAGAAAAAUGGACUGUACUCUCAUAGAAGCAGUAUCUCGAAGAGAACCAAUAUGGAAUCCAGCCAGUUGUCUACAUAGAAACACGAAUGUUUUGAAGUGUCUCUGGCAAGAGGUCGCUAAUGAAGUGAACAAGGAUGUGACAUCAGUGAAAUCGAGAUGGAAAAAUCUAAGAUCGUACUUUGUCAAGGAAUGUCAGAAAAUGGACAGUAGAACUGCAGAAGGAGAGGAACAGAUUAGUUCAUGGCAGUACUUCGAUGAUAUGCAGUUCCUUCGACCAACUUUAACAUGUUACAAAACUGUCAAGCAAGAAGAAUACGACGGCGAUGAAAUAUUCAUCACCAACUUGGAUAGUAUCGCUAACCCUGAACCUCUUUCCCCUGAACAAUCUUCCUCUGAAACAUCUCACACCACGCCAACGACAAGGAAAAGAAAGUUGCAAGCAUUAGCAACAACUAGUGACACAUUGAUAGAACUGGAAAGGAAGAAAUUAAAAAUACUCGAAAGUGAUAUAGCCAGAGGUUCUAAUGAUGAUUUAUUGUUCUUCGAAAGUCUUCUACCAUAUAUGAAGGAAAUACCAAUAGAUCGGAAAUUAAGACUUAGAUCUAAAAUACAAGAUUUGAUAUGCGGAGAGUUGGAGGUUGUGCAGGUGAUGCUGAACGAUGAUGACUAAUUUAUCUCAGAGGUUCCUAAACUUUUUUUAAAUAUUUAAAUGGUUUCGGUGAUUGCCUGAUACAUUUUUAUUUCAACUAGUGAAUCGAUAAAUGUGCUUACCGCCUUAUCUUCGAAGAGAUCUAACAAUACCACUUAGAGAUUUACGGAUUUAACAAUUGGUGUACCAUGGAGUCGGUUGGUCUUCAACCUUAAAAGUUGCAAUUAAAUUGACGACAAGGAACAAUAACCAAUAGCAGGCAAUUUUAAAUGUGCACCAAAAAAACGGUUUUUGGUACAGCGCUUACUGAUUAUUAUGCUGUCGUUUGCGCUAUUAAUUCCUACCUUGGUGAUUUGCAAGGCGCUGUUUGUCUCGUUGUGAGGAAUAAGGUAAUGUUGCAGUUAGUGCAACAUCGCGAAGGUACCUGACUACAUAUGACUAUAUACUGGCUGAAAAUGGUGGCAAAAACAAAAGACAAGCUGUAAUCAGUUUAAAGAAGGUUAUGGAACAUGAAGAUCGGUGAUGGAACAAUGCAAUUUUAUAUUUAUUUGCGGGUAUAUAAGUAGGUUUAUUUACCGUAUUAAAUACGCUUAUGUUUUGGAUAACAUGUGAUAGUUACAUGUAAAAUGUGUCAUAUAUUUUUUAAGGUUCUUUGAUUUUUGUCACAAGGUUGUUUUAAUAAGUUCCUAAAUAGUACCGGAAACAGAAAAAUCUAUUUAUAGGUUAACCAAGAAUAUAAAAAUCCUGGCCUGAGGGCGCCACAAUCGUUAUUUUACAUCACUUUUUUUUCAAAGGCAAUAUUUAAUUACAAUAUGGCGAGUGUUUAUACCUGGUCGAGUUAUACAGCACAAAUAACGCAAUCUCGGACGCACAUUUCAUUAGCGUGAGUUUCCACUGCAUUAACAGUUGAACAUAAAUAUACUGUUAUCUUUGUUUAUCUUACAGAGAACGAAAGUGAUGGAUUUUUCUGUAUUUACCAGCAGUGGAAAUUGGUUAAAGUACAUAUCAUAAAUGUACCUUUAAUAAUAA